AUGGAAAAAACAGUGUUCCUGGUCAUUCUGUUGUCAGUGACUGUUUCCAAAGCAAGUGUGGUCUGCAACGAGACCAGCAUGACGGUGGCUGUGGAGAAGGCCUCCAUCGUGGGUCUCUAUGAGGACCACCUGCGUCUUAAUGACCCGUCCUGCAGUCUGAGCUCCAAUAGCAGCCACGUCUUCAGGACCCUGGCCCUCAACACCUGCGGCACCCAGCUGGAGGAGGAAGAGGACAACCUAAUCUUCAGAAACGAGAUCACUUCCUUUGAGGACUCCAGUGCCGUGAUCACCAAGAGGGACGAGAUGGAGAUCGAAUUCUGGUGCGUCUACCCCAAGAAGGGCAACGUGAGCCUGGAAUUCCUGGCCCACAAGAUUCCGUACAUUUUCAGAGAGAAGGGCUUCGGGAAGUUCACCUACCAGUUUGAGUUCUACCACAGUAGUAGUUUCAACAGGAUGGUGGAUCCAGCCAGUUACCCAGUGGAGGUGGAACUGAAAGAGAUGGUCUACAUGGAGAUCACAUCCACGUCCUCAGUCCCCAACACUGAAAUGUUUGUGGAGUCAUGCAUGGCCACGCCAACAGACAAUCCCAACGACCCAGAGCACUACAGCAUCAUCCAAAACGGCUGCAAGAAGGACGAAACUGUUCAGAUCUACUCUAGUUCCCAAUCCCAGUUCCAUUUUGCAAUGGAAGCUUUCAAAUUCAUUGGUAUGCAUGACCAGGUGUACAUUAGCUGUGCAGUGGUCCUGUGUGAGACGGGGAACACCAACACUCGCUGUGCUCAGGGCUGCAUCAAUGACACUACGGCCACAACUCCCCAGCAUCGUCAAGAGAGAGAGGCCGCCCUGGAGACCAACCCGCACUACAUCUCCCAGGGGCCUUUGCGUGUGAGGCGGAGUGCCGACACCAAAGGUAAUGCUGAUGUGGCUUUGAACCUGAAUUUGUUGUUCAUCGCUGGCAGCUUCCUGGCAGCAGUCGCCAUGGUGUGUGGAGUGGUCAUGUACAGAUCCAGGGAGUCAAAGGACAAAUAUCAACCUUGACACACUUUGACUGGUUUUCUUUUUAACAAUCAUUACAUUUACUGCACUUAAAGGACCUAUGUGUAAUAUUUUUGCAUUAUAAUUUCAGGAAAUGUCCUUAAAGGUCCAACGCAGAAGUUUUAUAUUAAUAUCAAAUCCUUUCUGGGUAACAAUUGAGUACCUUACUGUGAUUGUUAAAAAAAAUAAGCUUUUUCUCAAGCAAGAAUUUUGCUAGGACUGUGUGGGAGUUGUUUGAAUAGGGAGGAGAAAACCGAAAAUUAACUGUUAUUGGCAGAGAGGUUUGGAACUCUCUUUCUAAUUGAUCUAUUAAUUAAUUUACCACAAGGUUAUAUCACCAUGGAAGGCCAAAACAAGCGGAAGUUGCAGGUGGACUUGAUCAUCAUUUUCACAAUUUCACAGUAUUAUUCCAAACUCAUAGUGUGAAAAUAUAUAUAAAACACAGGGAAAUCAAGUUUUUGACUGCACAGGGCCUUUAAUAUAUCUCCAGCAAUAGUGAAAUAAUAAUGUUUCACCCAAAAAAUUAUCCCAAAAUGUUAUUGGGCCCAAAGAAAACUGUAUUCAAGUGGUGCAGCCUUUUUAUUGCUCAACAAAAGACGGACCGUCUGUUGUCAAAUUGACUGGGGCCAGUAAAGGGCAGGCAUCAAACAUGUAGAAAUCGCUUAGCACCAGUCAAUUUGAGAGCAAG